AUGGCCACAAAAUUCCCCGAAAUGCAGUGGGAUGCCAGUGAUCUGGCAGAAGAAUUUAAGAUUUUCCGACAGAGAAUUGAAUUAUGUCUUGCUGACCAAGAUAUCACAGACCAAGCCAAACAAGCAGUCAAAAUCAAGAUAGCCGUUGGAAAAGAGGGUCUAAGGAAAAUCAAUGCCUCCAGCCUGACUGAAGAUGAGCAGCGCGACCCAUCCAAGCUGUGGGAUUUGUUUGAAAAACAACUCAAGGUGAAGCUAAACUUCAGGAUCCACCGCUUGGAACUGAUGCGUUACCGACAAAAGCCCAAAGAACACCUGGAUGAGUUCGUCAACAGGUGCCGAGCGAAGGCUGUUGAAUGUCAAUUUACUGUGGAGGAACUCACUGAACGAGUAGUUGAACUCGUGAUAGCCUCUACACCCUCCGAGUCCUUCCAAAAGGAUCUGCUUGACAGACCCAUUGGCUACAGCAUUGACGAAAUGCUCAUCGAAGGGCGGAAGUAUGAAGCCAUCGUUGCCGGCAAGCAAAGUUUACAGUCCAUGGAGACCGGUGGGGCGUCAGUGAACGCCAUAUGGUCCAAGAGUCGAGCUUGUCGAAACUGUGGGUUAUCACACCCACCCAGACGGUGCCCCGCAUACCAUGAUACCUGCAAGGCCUGUGGAGCGAAAGGGCACUGGUCCAAGUGUUGCAGAAAGACGAGAGCUAGAAGCAGACAACGCAGAGGAUCCAAGUCACCACGGAGAAGACGCAGUCCCUCCGGGGAGAGACGACGCAGUCCCUCCAGGGAUAGAAGGCCCCAACAACGAAAGCCCAAGGGCCGAAAAAAGGAUGAAUCAUCGACACCAAACACUACUGAGCAGGAGACAGAUGUCCAUCAGUUAGAAUACACGGACAAUGCGUACGAGGAAGUGUUCCACGUUGUCACUGUCCCAGACUUCCACAAGAAGAACGAUAACACGGGUAACGAAGCCUACAGGAUGCUUGAUGUGGUUUGCCCUGACCUUGAAGGCAAGCACCGCCUUAAAGUCAAGAUAGACACCGGAGCUGGAGGUAACACACUUCCACUCAGAACCAUACGACAGAUGUAUGGAGACACUUGGAGAUCCCAAGUCAAACCGGUGACAACCAAGUUAACCGCAUAUAAUGGAACACCGAUACCCUGUCUGGGCAGCAUCGAUUUGCUCUGCAGAUACCAAGAUCCUACAUGGUCAGAGAACAGAUUCUACGUCGUCGACGUCACAGGCCCAGUGAUUGCAGGUCUGCCCAUGUGCCGUGACAUGGGAGUCGUGACGAUACAUGCUGCCAGACUGACGUCAGUACAAUCAAUUGAGCAGCUGAUGGAGGCGUAUCCAGAUCAGUUUGACACCAUUGGAAGUUUCAAACGAAGGGCGACAUUGUACCUCAAAGAAGAUGCGGUACCCCAUAUUGACCCACCCAGAAAAUACAGUGUGCACCUCAAACCAAAGUUGAAAGUGGAAAUUGACAAGAUGGAGGCGCUGGGGGUAAUCAGGAGAGUGGCGCAUCACACAGACUGGUGCAGUUCAAUCACCACGAGCCUCAAGCAAGAUGGUUCCAUUCGUGUGUGCCUUGACCCCAAGCGUCUCAACCAAAGCCUGCGCAGGUGCCCCCACAAAAUCCCUACGCUAGAGGAACUCAACCCAGAGUUUUCCCAAGCCAGAGUCUUCUCUAAACUUGAUGCAAAGGCCGGUUACUGGGCCGUUCACCUUGACGAGAAGUCCCAGGAGCUCACCACCUUCCGGACGCCGUUCGGACGGUAUUGCUUCCAGCGUCUGCCAUUUGGCCUCGCCAUUAGCCAGGAUAUAUUCCAGCAAUGCAUGGACGAGAUAGUUGACCAAGUUCCCGGAUGUGUCUGUAUAGCUGACGACAUAGUCGUUUACGGCCGUACUGACGAGGAACACGACGCCAACCUUAGGAACCUGUUCGAGGUUGCCGGACGUGAGGGUCUUGUAUUCAACAGCACCAAAUGCAGGAUUAAGACAAAGAAGAUCAGUUUCUUCGGGUCCAUAUACUCUGACGUCGGGGUACAGCCAGACCCAGGGCGGGUUGAGGACAUACACAACCUCCCCACCCCCCAGGACAAGGAAGACCUCCAAAAAUUCCUUGGUCUCAUCACAUAUGUGUCUGCGUACAUUCCCAACCUCGCAGACAAGGCAGCGAUCCUCCGAGAUCUUCUCAAGAAAAACAUCCCUUUUGUGUGGCAGGAGGACCACCAAGCAGCGUUUGAGGCACUGAAGCUAUCGAUCACAGCGGACGCAUGCCUUCAGUACUACAACCCUGAGAUGCCAACGGUACUUGAGGUUGACGCUUCACAGAAAGGGCUGGGAGCAUGCCUCACUCAACAUGGCAAGCCUAUUGCCUUUGCAUCCAAAAGUCUCUCACCGGCGCAGAAAAAUUACUCCAAUAUAGAGAGAGAAACGCUGGCACUGGUGUUUGGCAUAGCCCGUUUCCACAACUACCUCUUCGGGAAGGAGUUUGUGGUAUACUCAGAUCACAAGCCGCUAGAAAUGAUCUGGAGGAAGCCCCUAUCUAGUGCACCACCAAGGUUACAACGCCUACUUAUCAAAGUGCAAGGCUAUAACUUCACCGUGCACUACAAGCCAGGACCGACAAUGAUCUUGUCCGACGCCUUGAGCAGACUGCCAAACCCGAAGAAGAACGAAGACAUACACCUUGACCGACUGGUCGGUGGCAUAGAUGUCAUUGAAGGACCAGAGCUCAAGCACAUCGAUCUCCUUCACUUUGGCCAGACUAAGCAGACCCAACUGCAGGUGCAGACCGCGCGUGACCCAACCCUGAGUUCCCUAACCCAAGUUAUCUACGCCGGCUGGCCUGACGAAAUCAAGGAGCUACCCAGAGAUCUAAGGCCAUACUGGCCCUACAGAGAUGAACUGGGAAUAUCCUGGGGUGUCAUCUUCAAAGGGAAACAAGUAGUAAUCCCUGAUGAUCUACGACAAGACAUCCUGGCCCAGCUCCACACGGGACACAUGGGAAUCGAGAAAACACGACGUUUGGCUCGAGAAACCGUGUACUGGCCAAACAUCAGCCGUGACAUCGACAUUGCUGUAAGGGCAUGUGAAUACUGCCAAGAAAACCAACCAAAGCAGAAGAAGGAACCCCUCCAUCCCCAUGAGAUCCCAUCCACCCCAUGGACCAAGAUAGGCACUGACCUGUUUGAAAUAGGUGGAGAUGACUUUCUUCUGAUCAUCGACUAUACCUCGAAGUUCCCAGUCGUCCACAGGCUGCGAGAUACCAAGAGCGCAACGGUAGCUGGUGUGACAUCCCGCACACUUGGCAUGUUCGGAGCGCCAGCAGAAAUAAUAUCGGACAAUGGCCCACAGUUCGUUGGAGCGCCGUACCAGGACAUGUGUGCUUCGUGGGGCAUAAGUCACAUCACAUCUUCACCUCGAUACCCACAAUCCAACGGUUUCGUGGAACGUGCAGUGCGGACGGUCAAGACACUCAUAAAGAGAUGCCAAAAGUCGAAGCAGAAUGUUGAUAAAGCACUUCUGAACUUGCGAGCUACUCCCAUUGAUUCCAAACUGCCGUCUCCUGCCGAGAUUCUGUUUGGCAGGCCACCUUGCACAAGCUUGCCAAGCCGCCGCCCAUACACUGAGGCACGACACGAGGAAAUGAAGGAUGCCCACGACAAGAGGCGUGACCGAAUGAAAGCAGAUUACGACAGGAGAUACUCAGCCAAUGAGCUCCCACCUCUCCAUGUUGGGCAGAAGGUCCGGAUUCUUGAUCAGGAUUCUCGGGCUUGGCUGCCAGGCGAGGUGACAACCGUGUGUAGAGAGCCGAGGUCGUAUAAAGUCGCCACCCCAAACGGUAGCAUAUUGAGACGUACUCGAUCCCACCUCAGAGAGAUGACAGAUUCACGACACUCUAUCACUCCCAAGCGUGUCAGAUUUGCAGACACUGAGAAAACCAAAGACCUCAGUAAGCAGCACAAACUCCCAAAUCAUAGCAACAACGCAGCUAGGGCAACCGGAGAUACUCCACAGACCACAAGGUCAGGCCGAGUAAUUCGCAGACCAGUGCGAUACAUCCAGCAAUAA